AUGAUGCCUCUGUGGUCGGGCGUCUGUGGCCGCUCUCCCCCACGAAUCUUCCCUUCAUUGCUCAUGGUGGUAGCCUUGGUGGGGUUGCUACCGGUUCUCAGGAGCCAUGGCCUCCAGCCCAGUCCUACUGCCAGCACCAUCCGAGGCUCAGAGCCACCACGGGAACGCUCUAUUGGGGAUGUCACCACCGCCCCACCGGAGAUUCCCCCCGAGAGCCGGCCUGUUAAUCAUUCCGUCACUGAACACAGCAUGAAGACUCGAAAGGCCUUUCCAGUCCUGGGCAUCGACUACACACAUGUGCGCACACCCUUUGAGAUCUCGCUCUGGAUCCUGCUGGCCUGCCUCAUGAAGAUAGGUUUCCAUGUGAUCCCCACUAUCUCGAGCAUCGUCCCGGAGAGCUGCCUGCUGAUCGUGGUGGGGCUGCUGGUGGGGGGCCUGAUCAAGGGCGUGGGCGAGACGCCCCCCUUCCUGCAAUCCGACGUCUUCUUCCUCUUCCUGCUGCCGCCCAUCAUCCUGGACGCGGGCUACUUCCUGCCGCUGCGGCAGUUCACAGAGAACCUGGGCACCAUCCUGAUCUUCGCCGUGGUGGGCACACUGUGGAAUGCCUUCUUCCUGGGCGGCCUCAUGUACGCCGUGUGCCUGGUGGGCGGCGAGCAGAUCAACAACAUUGGCCUUCUGGACAACCUGCUCUUUGGCAGCAUCAUCUCAGCCGUGGACCCCGUGGCCGUGCUGGCCGUCUUUGAGGAAAUUCACAUCAAUGAGCUGCUGCAUAUCCUUGUCUUUGGGGAGUCCCUGCUCAAUGACGCCGUCACUGUGGUCCUGUAUCAUCUCUUUGAGGAGUUUGCAAACUACGACCGAGUGGGCAUCGUGGACAUCGUCCUUGGCUUCCUGAGCUUCUUCGUGGUGUCCCUGGGCGGGGUGUUUGUGGGUGUGGUCUACGGGGUCAUCGCAGCCUUCACGUCCCGAUUCACCUCCCACAUCCGUGUCAUCGAGCCGCUCUUCGUCUUCCUCUACAGCUACAUGGCCUACCUAUCAGCCGAGCUCUUCCACCUGUCGGGUAUCAUGGCACUCAUUGCCUCGGGAGUGGUGAUGCGCCCCUACGUGGAGGCCAACAUCUCCCACAAGUCCCACACGACCAUCAAAUAUUUCCUGAAGAUGUGGAGCAGUGUCAGUGAGACCCUCAUCUUUAUCUUCCUUGGCGUCUCCACGGUGGCUGGCUCCCACCACUGGAACUGGACCUUUGUCAUCAGCACCCUGCUCUUCUGCCUCAUCGCCCGAGUGCUGGGUGUGCUGGGCCUGACCUGGUUCAUCAACAAGUUCCGAAUUGUGAAGCUGACCCCCAAGGACCAGUUCAUCAUUGCCUACGGAGGCCUGCGAGGGGCCAUCGCCUUCUCCUUGGGCUACCUCCUGGACAAGAAGCACUUCCCCAUGUGUGACCUGUUCCUCACUGCCAUCAUCACUGUCAUCUUCUUCACCGUCUUUGUGCAGGGCAUGACCAUUCGGCCCCUGGUAGACCUGUUGGCUGUGAAGAAAAAGCAAGAGACAAAGCGUUCUAUCAACGAGGAAAUCCACACACAGUUCCUGGACCACCUUCUGACAGGCAUCGAGGACAUCUGUGGCCACUACGGCCACCACCACUGGAAGGACAAGCUCAACCGGUUUAACAAGAAGUAUGUGAAGAAGUGUCUGAUAGCCGGGGAGCGCUCCAAGGAGCCACAGCUCAUCGCCUUCUACCACAAGAUGGAGAUGAAGCAGGCCAUUGAGCUGGUGGAGAGCGGUGGCAUGGGCAAGAUCCCUUCUGCUGUCUCCACUGUCUCCAUGCAGAACAUCCACCCCAAGUCCCUGCCUGCCGAGCGCAUCCUGCCAGCUCUGUCCAAGGACAAGGAGGAGGAGAUUCGCAAAAUCCUGAGGAACAACUUGCAGAAGACCAGGCAGCGGCUGCGGUCCUACAACAGACACACACUGGUGGCAGAUCCCUAUGAGGAGGCCUGGAACCAGAUGCUGCUGCGCAGACAGAAGGCCCGGCAACUAGAGCAGAAGAUCAACAACUACCUGACGGUGCCGGCCCACAAGCUGGACUCACCCACCAUGUCGAGGGCCCGCAUCGGCUCAGACCCCCUGGCCUAUGAGCCGAAGGCCGAUUUGCCUGUUAUCACCAUCGACCCAGCCUCCCCGCAGUCUCCCGAGUCUGUGGACCUGGUGAACGAGGAGCUGAAGGGCAAGGUCUUGGGGCUGAACCGGGAUCCAGCGAGGGUGGUGGAGGAGGACGAGGAGGACGAUGGGGGCAUUGUGAUGCGGACCAAGGAGCCCUCAUCCCCAGGCACCGAUGAUGUCUUCACCCCUGGACCAAGUGACAGCCCCAGCUCCCAGAGGAUACAGCGCUGCCUUAGUGACCCAGGUCCUCACCCUGAGCCUGGGGAGGGAGAGCCUUUCAUCCCCAAGGGGCAGUAG